AUCAAAGCAUACCAGAGUUUAAAAAAGACGAGAAAAUUUUAGCAUUCCAGAUUAAUCUACUUUCUAGAUGGCUUCAGUUAAUUUUUUCGUCGCAUUUGCACUUAUUUCCGCAAUCAUUGCCCCAGCUUUGGCAACAGACUUUGUGGUUGGAGAUGAGGCUGGCUGGAAAACCAAUUUCGAUUACAAAACAUGGGCUGCUGGCAAAGAGUUUCAUGUGGGCGAUAAACUCAUUUUUAACUACCCUGCAGGAGUUCACAAUGUUCACAAAGCAGAUUUAGCUUCAUUUCAGAGUUGCACACCAUCCUCGACAAGUGUGGCCCUCACUACCGGGAGUGAUGUGAUUACUCUUGCAAGUGAAGGCAAAAAAUGGUACUUAUGCAGCAUAGCUUCUCACUGUGCCUCUGGAAACAUGAAACUUGCAAUAACAGUGUUACCUCAGGUUGAAUCUCCUGCACCAGCACCUGAAGUUUCUGCGGCUACUGGAUUUGGAAGCUCUGCACUUACGUUAUGGAUUGGUGCAGCAUUCACAACACUAAUGAUGAUGAUUUGAUUAAGAGGAACAGAGAGUUCAGUGACAUUUAAUUUUACAUUGCUGUUUUGUAUUUAUUAUUAAAUUUUGGUACUUUUUAUUAUACUCCGUCUCAAUAUACAUGCUCCUUUUAAUUUUUGAUUA